GCGGCCGCUGUGUCGACGUACCUACCGACCAUCGUACGGUACAAACGUAAAAUAGCACAUUCCUUGGAUAAUAGUUGAGAGAGACUGGAGACGCGGAGAGGAAGCGCGAGAGAGCGAGCAGGGCGCCGGCGCGCGCUCUCGUUUAAAACGUGGUCAAAAGUGCAACCGCAGUUUUAUUAUUCAAAUUGUGAAGGAUAAACGGCAGGGUUUUACCGCUGAUCGGCGGUUCGCCUUUUUCCGUCUCGUCCUCUCUUUCCCCGAAAAUAAGUGUCUAAUUCGAAUAACACCUUGAAAAAAAAAAAGGAAUACGUAAUACAUUGCGUUCAAUUUUUCCGCGAGGCGGUUCAAAACGACGAUCAUGAAUCGGGUAAUGACAAUUAACGAACUAGAGCGCCUAGAACCGCCCUGUAAACGUUGGUGAAUUUUUAUCUCUUUUUAUCUUAAUAUCAGAAAACGCUUACUUAUCGUGUGAAAAUAUUACUUUUACACCCUGUACAAAAGUGCGUUGCAGUGAGAACCAAAAAAAAAAAAGUAAAGUGAAACGACGUCAUGUGUUUUGAAUCAACUCUUCGAUACACCAUAAAUUGACCCUUUCCCGUCCUCCCCCGCCCACUCCCCCUCAAAUAAAAAAUAAUAAUCACAUUAAUGUUGUGAACAAGGCAUAAGAUUAAGCUUCGUGCUUAAAGUAAAACAAAAACCAAAAAUAUAUUCAUAAAUUUUAUAUAUACAUAUAUAUAUAUAUACAUGUAUACUUGUGUAUAUAUAUGCAUACAUAGGUGUGUAGAUGUGUUGAAAAAAUUUUAACAACAUUAUUACCUGCACGUUACAGACGUUAGAAAAAACCUGGCCGUAAAUCAGGCCACAAUUGUAUGCACCUGGGGCUAUGGGCAAGUAUUUAAUAAUAUCUUUGGAAUUUAAAUAUAAUAAUCGACAAGGUGAAACUUCAAAGUUAUUCAUUGCCAAGGAAGAUAGUAUAAGUGAGGAUUUGAUAAGAAAUCCGCGUAUAUGCAGCGAGGGAGGGAGAUGUAUGAGUAAUAGGCAGAAUAACAGUAAAAAUCGAUACACUUGCGCAAAUUUAUCUUUAAAUAAAAACGGAUCAAUCUGCAAGCGUUUGCAGAUCAUCGCCGUCGCAGUAUUCGCAAUGACGUUAUUAUCCUUAACGCGUCCGACCGUCGCGUCGCCAACUCCCUCCCUCAAAAACAGUGGCAAAAAAAUAAGCAGCGAGGACGGACUAAACGGCUACUACAACGAGCCGACGAUGCUGCAUUACGAUCAAUUCGACGCCGAUGAGGAGCUCUUCUCGAGCGACUAUCGGAAGCCCCUGGAAGAGGACGAUCCGACUACCCGUACGACAGAUCCGGACCCCCUGGACUCCCGGGAGUUGGAUAAAAUAAGAAAAAGCAUCAUGGAGGAUCUGGGACUGACGCGAAUUCCCGACCCUUCGAAGGCGAAUGUGAGCCAGUCAGAGUACGAAAAUGCGCACAGAGAGUACCUGAGUAGAGUGGAGUCGUCCGGGUCAGAAGAUCAGAGAACGAGAAGAAGACUGCACGUCUUUUACCCUGCAGAUCACGUUUUCGAAAACGGAUCUCGGAGGAGUUACGACGGUCUAAUGAAUAACAUAGAGGGCGUAAAUUCGAUCUACUUCCCCGUAGAAAUACCCGUGCAUAAAAACCACGCGGUUGAUCACGCGACGUUGCGCAUACUGAUCGGAGGUUCCGAGAACGUCGAAGAGGAGGUCGAGGUGUCGAUAUACCAGACGACGCGGUCGUCGAGGAAGCCGAUAGCUGUCCAAAAAACGCGGGUGGGUUCUUCGGCGCCGAGAUGGGUGGAUUUCGACUCAACGGAGGCGGUGGUUUCCUGGGUCCACGAUGGCGAGGAGAACCUGGGCUUCGAGGUCGAGGUUAGGCGGCGAGGCUCCGAGACUUACAACUGGAAGAGCGUCGCCCCGGCGGCGCUGAACGUCUUCACGAUAUCGGAUCGGAGCGUCGCGUCCGGCAGCCGAUUCCGCCGAGCGACGCCCGACCAGCUGAUGUCUCUUCACAGAGGCCGUAGGACCGAGUGCAAGGGACAGAACAAGAAGUGCUGCAGGCACGAGAUGAUCGUCACCUUCAAGGACAUAAGGGGCUUCGAGUUCAUAAUUCAGCCGAAGACCUUCGACGCCGGCUACUGCAAGGGCCGAUGUCCGCCGCGCUACAAUCCCGCCCACCAUCACGCCCUCAUUCAGAGUCUGAUAUGGAAGGAGGACAGGAAAAAGGCGCCAAGACCCUGCUGCGCGCCGAGCAAACUUACAGAGUUGGAGAUACUUUACUACAACGAAAACGAUCCGACAAAGCUCAAGAUCACGAACUGGAAAAACAUGAAGGUCUUAGAGUGCGCGUGUUCUUAGUGCCUGCAAGUUUCGCGGAUAGAAUGCGAGAGGGGCAUACACUUUAUCGAAAACCUUUUGACAUGCGUUGAAACUGCAAGACACGAUAUUAUCAUUAUUAUUAUUGUUAUUGUCAUAAUUACUAUCAUUCUGAUUCUGAUUAUUAUUAUUAUUAUUAUUAUUAUUAUU